UGGAAAAUGGCUGGUCGCGAGAGGGGCGGCGGCGAGCCGGAUGCUGGGGAGAGAGUCGGGGCUGUGCGGGGGCGUUGGUUCGGCCCCAGCGGAAUCCGAGUCGGGGUUUGCAGCAUGUUUUGCGGUGAUGUUUCCAGUCUCUUUCCCAACCAAUGGAUCAGGACGGCGAUCAGCAUCUCGGACCGUCGCGGAUCCUGGCUCCGCAAACGUUAAAGGAAAUUGAUGAUGUCUAUGAAAAAUAUAAGAAAGAAGAUGAUUUAAACCAGAAAAAACGUCUACAGCAGCUUCUCCAGAGAGCACUAAUUAAUAGUCAAGAAUUGGGAGAUGAAAAAAUACAGAUUGUUACACAAAUGCUCGAAUUGGUGGAAAAUCGGGCAAGACAAAUGGAGUUACAUUCACAGUGUUUCCAAGAUCCUGCUGAAAGUGAACGAGCCUCAGAUAAAGCAAAGAUGGAUUCCAGCCAACCAGAAAGAUCUUCAAGAAGACCCCGCAGACAGCAGACCCGUGAAAGCCGUGAUUUAUGUCACAUGGCAAAUGGGACUGAAGACUGUGAUGAUCGGCCACCUAAAGAAAAGAAAUCCAAGUCAGCAAAGAAAAAGAAACGCUCCAAGGCCAAGCAGGAAAGGGAAGCUUCACCUGUUGAGUUUGCAAUAGAUCCUAAUGAACCUACAUACUGUUUACGCAACCAAGUGUCUUACGGGGAGAUGACAGGAUGUGACAAUGAACAGUGUCCAAUUGAAUGGUUUCACUUUUCAUGUGUUUCACUUACCUAUAAACCAAAGGGGAAAUGGUAUUGCCCAAAGUGCAGGGGAGAUAAUGAGAAAACCAUGGACAAAAGUACUGAAAAGACAAAAAAGGAUAGAAGAUCGAGGUAGUAAAGGCCAUCCACAUUUUAAAGGGUUAUUUGUCUUUUAUAUAAUUCGUUUACUUUCAGAAAAUGUUUUAGGGUAAAUGCAUAAGACUAUGCAAUAAUUUUUAAUCAUUAGUAUUAAUGGUGUAUUAAAAGUUGUUGUACUUUGAAAAAAAAAAAAAAAAAGAAGAAAGAAGAGCCAAGGACAGCACACCCUGUCAGGGAAACAGACAGUGCUGGAAUUGGGUGACUUUGAGGAAAGUUCAUACACAAGGGACUGUUUCCAAAAGUGUGGGUGUCUGGAAAGCAGUGUUGAUAGAAUAAUGUCCCCUCAAGGGGCCCACAUCUGAAUGCCUGGUCUUGUGCAUGUCACCUUCGCAUGGCACCAGCACCCUCGCCAAUGGGACUUGGGACAGGAUCUUCAGGUGGGGAGAGGCCGCAAUGAGCCAGGCAGAUGCAGCAUCAUCCCAGAGUCCCUCCAUGCAGGAGGGAGGGGUCAGGGGAAGAAGUGUGACAGCAGCAGCAGGACCGGGAGAGCAGAUGCUGAGUGGAGACCAGGAGGGGAGGACCGGGCAGCAGCCCAGGGCCUUGGGCAGCCUGGGAAGUCCGAGAAGGCAGGAGGAGC